ACUCGACCAAGUACACCAUCCUCACCCACUUCCUUGCAACUCUCUAUCCAUCUCAGCAUGGCACGGAGGGACAGAUCAUACUCCCCGGACUCGUCGAAUAAGAGGGCCCACUAGAUCGAGGUACGACGACGACCGGGAAAGGGAUGGCUACCGGGACAGAGAGCGAGAGCGGGAGCCUCCCAAGGCCAGGGAACCCAACAGGGACCGCGACCGGGAUAGGGACGUCAGGGAUAGAGAUAGGGAGAGGGACCGCGACCGCGACAGAUACCGCGACGAUAGGUAUCGUGAUGACCGCCGCCGAGACCACCGCGACGGUAGGCGGGACGACCCCCGACGCUCGCGCUCCAGGGACCGCAGAGACCGCGACCGCCCGCCUUCACCUUCCAGAGCGCCACCGCAGCCCGAUAGCAAGACUUCCACGCCUCCGGUAGAGGAUGAGAAACUCAAGGCGAAGCGCGCGAAACUCGAAGCGUGGAAGAAGGAGCGCGAGGCGAAGAAGGCUCUGGAUGAAGCCAAGGCGAAGGCCUUGGCCCUAGCUGGGAAGUCCGCUGCUGCUGCGGCGAGCACAAGCACGGCAGGCUCUCUCAACCGCUCCGCUCUUGGAAGCCUUGGGCUAAAGGGAUUGCCUGUGAAGCUUGACCUGUUGAAGACGUCCAAGUCUGCCGCUGUUUUCGACGAUGCUGUAGAGACUAAGCGGAAGCUUCAGACACUCGACCUGCCAGAGGUCGACAUGACUAUGACGGAGGAACAGUCGAAGAUUGGCAGCUUGGAGGGCGACGACGAGGAAGAGGAGGCCGCAGCCGCCGCAGAAACCAAGGCUGAGGACGCCAUGGAAGAGGACGAUGACGUCGACCCGCUGGAUGCUUUCAUGAGUGGUGUGAAAGAAGAGGUCAAGAAGGUCAACUUGGAGGACAUGAAGAAGUUGAAUCACACGGGCCAUCUUGGCGUUCGUUUGGACGAGCACGGAGACGAUCAGGACGACGAAAGUCGGCCAGAGGUCGAUGAGCUUGACGCCACAGAACUCAACCCGGAAGAUAUCCUUGCUCUCGCCGCCAAGAAGGCAAGAAAGAAGGAUAUGGCUGCAGUGGACCAUUCCAAGGUCCCAUACGAACCUUUCCGCAAGGAGUUCUAUGUUCCUCCUCCAGAUAUCGCUGAGAUGACUGACGAGGAUGCGGAUCUUCUUCGACUCGAGCUCGACGGUAUCAAGAUCAGAGGUGUCGAUUGCCCUCGCCCUGUCACGAAAUGGAGCCAUUUCGGCCUUCCUGCGAGCUGCUUGGAAGUCAUCAAGAAACUCGGUUAUGCCGGGCCGACACCAAUUCAGGCUCAGGCUAUCCCUGCUAUCAUGUCUGGUCGAGACGUCAUCGGUGUAGCUAAGACGGGCUCAGGAAAGACUAUCGCCUUCCUACUUCCCAUGUUCCGGCACAUCAAGGACCAGCGACCCCUCGAGCAAAUGGAGGGGCCUGUUGCAGUCAUCAUGACGCCGACGCGGGAACUUGCCGUUCAGAUUCACCGCGAGUGUAAGCCGUUCCUUCGCGUGCUUAACCUUCGUGCUGUCUGUGCGUAUGGUGGCUCGCCCAUCAAGGACCAGAUUGCGGAAAUGAAGAAGGGCGCUGAGAUCAUUGUGUGCACUCCAGGACGCAUGAUCGACCUCUUGACCGCCAACUCAGGUCGCGUCACGAAUCUCAAGCGUGUCACCUACCUCGUCCUUGAUGAGGCGGACCGUAUGUUCGAUAUGGGUUUCGAGCCUCAGGUCAUGAAGAUCGUAAACAACAUCCGUCCUGACAGGCAGACUGUCCUCUUCUCCGCCACCUUCCCCCGGCAAAUGGACUCGCUUGCACGCAAAAUCCUUCGCAAACCGCUCGAGAUCACCGUUGGCGGCCGGUCCGUUGUCGCGCCCGAGAUCGAGCAGAUCGUGGAGGUCCGAGAUGAGGACUCCAAGUUCAACCGCCUGCUGGAGAUCCUUGGCCAGACGUACAACGAGGACCCUGAGUGCCGCACGCUCAUCUUCGUCGACAGGCAGGAGGGCGCGGAUAACCUGCUCAGAGAGCUCAUGCGCAAGGGCUAUCUCUGCAUGUCGCUGCACGGCGGGAAGGACCAGGUCGACCGCGACUCCACGAUUGCAGACUUCAAGUCGGGCGUCGUGCCUGUCGUCAUCGCCACUUCCGUUGCGGCCCGUGGUCUGGACGUGAAGCAGUUGAAGCUCGUCAUCAACUACGACGCGCCGAAUCAUAUGGAGGACUAUGUGCAUCGUGCGGGACGUACCGGCCGUGCAGGCAACAAGGGGACUUGUGUCACCUUCAUCACCCCGGAGCAGGAUCGGUACUCGGUGGAUAUCUACCGUGCCCUCCAGGCCAGCAGCGCGGCCAUGCCAAAGGAGCUCGAGACUCUAGCUAACGGUUUCCUCGACAAAGUCAAGACUGGCAAGGCUAAGGUCGCUGGCUCCGGCUUUGGUGGAAAGGGUCUUGACCGCCUUGACCAGGAGCGCGAUGCUAAAGAGAAGGCAGAACGCAAGGCGUACGGCGAACCCGACGAAGAGAAGGCCAACGAGGCGGCGGCGGAGACGAAGGCUGCGGCCGCCCCGACGGACGACAUGACCUUCGGCAGCUUCAAGGUCGAGGUCAAGCGCGGCCCUGCACCCGACUCCUCGAAGGGCCUCCUCGGCGUAGCAGGCGCCGCUGCGGCCGCGAGACGCCUCGCACAGCAGAAGGAGGAGGAGAAGCUGCAGAACUCUUUGCGCGCGGCGCAGGAGGCGGCGGACCGCGCGGGCAAGGACACGCCGGCGCACAAGCAGGCGCUGAGCGUGGUGGCGAAGCUGAACGCGCAGCUGCGCGCGCACAAGCUCGUCGCGCAGUCGCAGAUCCAGCACGAGGAGAUCACGACGAAGCGGAACGCGAUCGACGCGACCGAGUUUCACGCGGUCAUCCCGAUCAACGACUACCCGCAGAAGGCGCGCUGGCGCGUCACGAACAAGGAGACGAUGGUGCAGCUCAUCGAUAUGACGGGCGCGUCGGUGACCAACAAAGGUAUCUACUACGAGCCUGGGAAGGAGCCGCCUGUCGAAGGCCCGCCGAAACUGCAUCUGCUCAUUGAGUCGAACGAAGAGUGGCGGGUCGAACAAGCCGUACGGGAAAUCAAGCGUCUGCUCGUGGAGGCCUCAGCCGCUGCGCUGCAAGCCGAAAUGCGCAACCCCACGGCGACCGCGGGCAGAUACAGUGUUGUGUAGAAGUGUUCUUGCAUCCUAGUCGGUUUGUGUCCUUGUACCCUUGUUUCGCACGUUUCCUACCAUACGCAAUGCAACCUGUUUUCCAGUCGGG